AUGCAAGAAAUUGACUUCGAUACUGUUACACGAGCUAGCUGCAUCUUCACAGAGCAUGUGGAUGGUUUAUGGGCCGCGGCUGGCGACAUUGUACAGCCCUUUAACAAGGUCUCUGGGCGGAAAUCACAAGACGAGAUUACUCUGUAUGAGAGCGUUGGGUCUGCGGUUUUGGAUUUGGCUCUGGCUGUAGAGGCCUAUCGUUCUGUUGUUAAUUCUACAAGAUCGAACAUUUAA